AUGGUGGAGGACGGCAGGCUGCUUUCGGCCUCGUGCUCCCAGUUCAAUUCGGCGCCUCGAUGUUUUUUCGAGACGUGCCCAGAUCUCUCCGACCUCUCUCGUCUCGCCCUCCGACCUCUGCACAGCCUCGCGAGCCCGCUGCUCGGGGCCACUCUGGACGGGGCCAGGGCGGGUGCGUCCCCACAGCCGCGCUGCGCCGCCGCGGUUCCCCGGCGGUCCAGCGCUUGCCCCCGUUGGUCGGGGCCCACGGGGGCCAGCGCUGGCAGAGAUCAGCCCGUCCCCUCUGGCUGGGCCAGGUGUGGGAGCCACCCGGG